AUGUCACAGCCUACAACCCCUAAUACUGGUCAGCAACCAACUCUCGCACAACCUGUGCCUGCUCAACCACCAUCAAGGUUGGAGAUUGAGCGUAAGUUGUCAUUCAGAUCAGCAACUUCAACUCGUCAACAUGAAUCGCCUAAAAAGAAGAAACCGAGUCAUCCACCACCACCUCACGCUGGAUAUUAUGGAUACCCAUCUACCACAUCUGGUAACGAAUCAGACUCAUCUUCCAUUACAUCAUCCACACAACCUCCUCAAACUACAUUUGUCGGUUCACCCAAUCCGACUUCACCCAUCCUAACUCCCGCAACUACCUCAGUAGGUGGUUUGAGCGCUAUUGCAGAACGUAACAAGUUCGGAGGCGAGGUCAUAGAUGAGAUGGAAUUGGAAGAUGUAGAAGAAGAGGCUGAAGGAGAAGGAGAAGGAGAAGGUGAUGGUGAUCAAAGUGGAAGUGAAGCUGAUGAAGGCCUAGAAGGCCUAGAACGAGGUAUGGAAGGUGAAAGGGUUAUUAAAAGUGGCUAUUUAUGGAAAAAGCAAGAGAGGAGAAAGGCUUGGAAGAAAAGAUGGUUCGUUCUCCGUACCGGCAAAAUAGCCUAUUACAAGGAUGAAAAGGAGUACUCCCUCAAACGAGUCGUAGACUUACAUGACGUUCACACCGUCGCACCUGUAACAGUGAAGAAACAUCCUCAUUCAUUCGGUAUGGUCACUCCUAAACGAACUUUUUUUGCCAAGGGUUCUUCGAGUGAUGAUAUAGAGGAAUGGGUUCGAGCUAUCAAUGGCGUUCGACGUAAAUUAUCUGAAAGAGAAGAAGAAGAACGAAGUAGAAGAGAGAAGAGUGAACAUCAACAUCAUGUCAAAAGUACUUCUAUACCUAUACCAUCGUCAAGAGAAAGAACAAAUGAAGGAACAAUGGAUACUACCAGUCCUACAGGAUCUUAUUUCGUCCAUAGACCAAUAGCAUCAUCUCAGAUAGGAUCAACUUCACCUGCUCUCGGAAGUGGCAAUAUCCAUAUACCACCUUCAAGUCCAUUAGAUACGACGAACUCUUUGACCUCACAAAUGGCUAAAAUGACUAUUCCAAAUCAAACACAAUCUAGAAAUCCAUCAUCACAAAGUCAAGGUCAAGCUCCAGCUUCUCAUUUGAUAUCACCAAGAAUCCCGUCUUCUGCAACUUCCCUUCCACCUUCACGAUCAGUGAGUGGUGCAGGAUCCGAUCCAUCGGGUAGGAGAGAACCUUCAGCAGGUAGUAUAGGUUCUUCAGGUGAUCGAAAUAUAAGUGCAAAUUUGAAUAUCCAAUCAAAUCAAGCUGUCAGUUCUGAAGACGAAGACGAUAUUGAUUUGGCUGAAUCGAAUCAAGAUAUCGUAAAUCAACAAAAUUUACCUUCAACCCCAAUAGAUCCUAACAAAGUCAUCUUGUCAGCUUAUCUAAUGAAAAGAUCAAAAGGUAGAGGAAGAAAAGUAUGGAGGAAAAGAUGGUUCGUCUUAACUAGUCAAGGUGUUACAUAUACCAAAUCCCAUAUGGACACGAGAGCACUUCGAUUUAUACCUCUCACAUCUAUACUGGAUGCACUUGAAGUGGACGCUUCUGAUCCAUCAUCGGGUACAGAAGAUGAUCAACCUCCUUCAGCUCAUCCGCACAACCAUAAUCCUUUCCAUCCCCAUGCACAUAACCCAGCCAAUCAUCCAUCACACGCGGCAGCCACAUCCACCUCACCACCUUCCAAACAGAAUUUCACUACUGCCAUGAGGGGUAGAUUAUCUUCCAACGAUGGUAUGGGAGCAGGAGGAGCGGGAGGUAUACAAUCAUCGUCUACACCAAAGAAAACACCUUCUCAAGCUGGCAAUGUGGAGAAACACGGUGAAGAAAACACCUUCAGGUUGAUCACUGCUAAAAGGACUUAUGUACUCUGUGCACCAAGUGAAGAAGAUGAAAUUAAGUGGUUGGCAGCUACUAGAGCUUUAUUAAAUCAAAUCAGAGGUAAAAACAACAGUGUUCCGAAUGCUGGAAUGACACCUGCAAGUCCUACUUUACCUCAACAACCACAACAAACUCAGAAUCAGAAGAGUAACGUGUCUUUUAUAACCCAACAACCACCUACACCAGCUGCUUCGAUAUCAGAAAACCAAUCUCAAACUCAAGCUCAAGGGCAAACGCAAAGUGGAGUAUCACGAUCGUUAAGCAGGACUCUAUCUCAAAAAUCGAACAGUACAAAUAUAACUUUAGAGAAAGAAUUACCCCAACCACAAUCUAUACAGAGACAAUAUUCAUAUUCAAGCCAAUCUGGAUCUCCAGGUCAAAAUACAAGAGGUAGAAGUGCGACUUAUAUGGCUAAAUCUGCAGUGGCUGAUGUGGUCAAGAAAUUCCAUCCUGAAUCUUGA